AUGUUUUUACAUUGGAACUUUUUUGUUCUCACUCUCUUUCUAAGCGCUUUCCGAGCGCUUUUGGUUAGCGCCCUGGGAGCAGGUCUCGCAAUAUACUCCCGGUUCAGAGGCCCAUACGGCAACAGCAUCCGAUGGGUAUAUCAAGGAGGAAUCCUCGAGAUGGUCAAGUCGCUUUACUAUGCCCCUAGCAUAGUACCCCCCACCACCAUCGCCGCUUUGAGUUUCGUAGUCGUUGCCAGUUUUGUAGCAAGCAACCUGGACACCGUCGCUACGCAAUUUAUCAAGCCGUCGACAAGUCUCAGCCAUCCAUUUUCGGAAUCGAUUGCCUCCAAACAAUUCUCAUUGCCCGGCGUUUACUCGGCGUUCUCCGGAUGGUUAUGCGGGACUCCAGGCUCGUCGUCCGUGUCCAUGCGUGGCAUCGUGACGGGUAUUUCUUCAUUUCCCAGGACAAUUAUCACCAAGUGCUUGCUCCCGACUGGCAAGGUGAGGGUUGUGUCGGAAACUUCCACGCGGUUUUCGAUGACGUCUUACAAGCUGUUCCCGAACGCUAUACUAAAAGCGUUCAGAGAACCUGACGAACUAAUGCAAGCCAUGGGGUCCUCUAUAAGAAACACCACCUUCCCGAACUCCACGUUCUUCGUGGAUCCCUCCUUUUACGCGGAUUCCGUUUUGCUCUCAGAAGUCCGAGUCCGAAACAGUACUGUAGACGUGAUUGCCUGCAACUCUUACUCGACGGCGUUUUACAACGUUAGUUCUAUCGCUAUGACAUGCAUCUACACCACAGUCGAGACCCUCUUCUUGAAACCGCAAGAAAUUAACCCGGCCAUUACGACAGCUUUGAGAGGCAAACCACUUCCUAUGUACCAUAAUGUCAGCCUAUCGAUGGCCAUAACUCACAUCGUUGCCAAGGACGAGAGCGGUGUAGGGCCGAUAGGCAUCUCAACAUUACAAAACGCUACAGCCUCUGCCGCGCGAUAUAUGGCCUCCCUGGGACAGAACUUCCUUGAGGACUACGACGAAGGCGUACUCUACGUGAUUUACGAUGUCGUGGACACCCUGGCCGGAUUCGACAUUCCCGAUUGGCUAAUGGGUUGUAUGUUUGCAGCCAUGGUUUUUUGUCUUUGCUUCUGGGCGCUGACAGAGUACUUCCUGGACGUACUUUACACCGGCUCGUUGUACAGAGUUAUUUCGGCCCGAUUUAUACCCAGCCCUACUAGCGGUACCCCUAUCAUUAUGCGAUCCAAUGUCAAACCGCUCACGAUCGAGACUAUACCGGUCCUGCCUGCGGACGACAUAUACCCCAUGGAUGUCGUCCCGUCAACUGUCUCACUGCCACAAACACUGUAA